AUGCAACACUACCUGUUAUUCGACAUCAUCAAUGCAUUCAUCCAUCGACUCGAAGCCAAUCCUAACAAUGAAAACUCCCUCAACGCAGUCGUCUCCGGCAUCGUCAACCACUACUUUCCACCAUCCAAAGGCUAUAUAGUCCUCCCACGAAGACACCAAAACGGCAAGCUGAAUGGGUUUCUCGUUCAACGGGUUAAUGGCGAACAGCUUCAGGGUAGACGGCGAUGGGAUCAUCUCCUUGUGCUUAUAAAAACGCCAGAUACAGCAGAAAUUCAUAAAGAGCAGCGAGAUAAGGAGAUUGGGGAUUUGAAUACGGAAAAUAGAAGCUGCUGGGGACUGGAUAUUGAUGGGGUUUAUUUCAGAUUCUAUGAGUAUCGUGCGGGCAAGUCUAGGGAUGAUCGAGUUGUUGCACGUGGCCCGCCUGAUCACCCUAUUCAAGAGGCAUAUCAUGUUCGGGAUGAUGUCGAGUCUAUUCAUGCGAUGUUACAAUGUAUGGACGGAAAUUUGCCUAGUGUGCACUAG